CCUUUUCAAAGAGGAAAAGGAAGAAAAUAUAACAAUCUUCUCAAACCCAAAACGUUUUGUUUAUAUAUACAAGAAAACUCAAAUACGUUUCAAGAAACUAAAAACGGUACGUUAACCGAAUAAUCGCGAGUUCCCCCUCAAAGUAGAAAGAUGAACGCUGUGAGGUCGGCUUUAGGUGAUAUGGUGAUAACCUUUUUUUGGGUUAUUCUCUCGGCGACGUUUAGAAUACAGACGGCGGCGAUAAUUUCUGCAGCCGGGUUUCAUGGCAUCACUUGGGUGCCUCCGGUGAUUACCACGGUGGUUGUUUUCUUCUCUAUCUCGGUUUUCUCGGUUAUUGGAAACUUUCUUGGUGGCGCUAGCUUCAACCCUUGUGGAAACGCUGCGUUUUAUACCGCCGGCGUUUCUAGAGAUUCUCUCUUCUCCUUGGCUAUUAGAUCUCCGGCUCAGGCACUUGGUGCAGCUGGGGGUGCGAUAACGAUAAUGGAGAUGAUACCAGAAAACUAUAAAACUAGGGUUGGAGGGCGCCCUUCAUUCAGAGUUGAUGCACACAGUGGAGCUAUUUCAGAAGUGAUUCUAAGUUUUUGUGUUACGUUUCUGGUAUUGCUAAUUAUCCUAAGAGGCCCUCGGAAACUGCUCGCUAAAACAUUCUUGCUCGCUAUGGCUACCGUCUCAGUGUUCAUGGCAGGAUCUAAAUUCACUAGACCAUUCAUGAAUCCUGCCAUUGCAUUUGGGUGGGCAUAUAUAAACAAGUCACACAACACAUGGAACCAUUUCUAUGUGUAUUGGGUCAGCUCCCUCACCGGAGCUAUAUUGUCUGGGAUGCUCUUUCGGAGUCUAUUUCCGCAGCCACUUCCGGUCCAGAUAAAACAGAAGAAAGCUUGAUUAAAUAAGAAAAAACAUAAGUCAAGUUUUCAUGAAUUAUUAUCUCUUUGUUGUAGUCGUACAUAUCUCUUUAUCGCCAUUUGUACUUUGUAGAAUCAUGUCCUCUAUUUUGUUCUGAAUGAAUGGACUCAUGUCUAAAAUUGAAUGAAAAACAGGUAUUUUUUAG